AUACUCUGAAACCAAUUCUUCAGAUCAGACACCUCGCUCUUCUUCUUCCCCCAAAUCCCCACUCUUCACUCCCGUCGUCAGCUAGGGUUUCCGAGGUAGCUCCUCUUCCCCGGGCGGCAGGAUGGGCGGCGGCGCGGCGGACCAUGGCCAGGCCAGCGCUGCCCCUCCCAUCGAUCCGGCCGUCCUUGAGCCCCGGCGCGAGCCCCGUGCUCGUCUGCUUCCGCCGCGGCACGGCCUGCAGGAGACGGCAACGCUGCCGAUCCCCGACGAGCUCGUGGCGGAGAUCUUCCUCCGGCUGCCCCCAACCGAUCUGGUCCGCGCCUCCGCCGCCUGCGCCUCGUUCUACCGUCUCAUCGCCAGCCGCUCCUUCCUCCGUCGCUUCCGCAAGCUCCACGCCCUGCCCCUCCUCGGAUUCCUCGAUCUCUCCGGGAAAUUCUUCGGAGUGGCCCCGCCUUCUCCUUCAGCGUCCGCGGCCCGCGCCGUCGCCCUCGCCGCCGACUUCUCCUUCUCCUUCCUACCCGGCCCCGCUCGGGACUGGAAGGUCCAGGACGUCCGCGGCGGCCGCGUUCUCCUCAACAGAUCUCCCUUCGACAAUCUCUCCCUGGUGGUGUGCGACCCCCUGCACCGGCGGUACCUCCUGCUUCCCCCAAUCCCUGAAGUCGAGGGGUGGCUUCCUAGUUCAGUGGACAACCCACCACGCCACACAGGACGGCAAGCCCUCCUUGGUGACGACCAGGAGGCCAUGGAAGAGACAUCGUUCACGGUGAUCUCAACUGUAUUGCGCGGAAAUAAGCAGGCCGCUUUUGUCUUCUCUUCCAGCACCGGACAAUGGCGAGCUAGUAUAUGGAACGCCGGGUUUGGUUUCUUCUUCAGGCUCUGGUACGCCAAUGGCUGCUUCUAUGGGGUGACAGAAUGCAGGAAAAAGUUGCUAGCACUUGACACCCGGAGGAUGGAGUUCUCACUUUCUGACCUCCCACCCGAAGCCGGAGAUUUUUCGCAACUAGACGUAGGUCCUUUCAAACAGUGCGUGAAUAUAGCCAUUGUGGAGGCAGGGGAAGGCAUCACUGGGAUGUUUGUGCUUCCACAUCACACAUCAAACAUCAGUUAUCUAACUAGGCGAAACAAUGGUGGGAGUUCCAGCCAGUGGCAGUUGAAGAAGACAAUCCCACUGGAUUCUUCUUGGUACAUUUUCAUUAGUUCAACAGGGAGGUACUUGCUUCUACUACGAAGGAGAAGAAUAGAAGCUUUCAUGUUGGAUAUCAAAACAUUCCAACUUGAGAAGGUGUUCAGUGAUGUCGUUUCGCGGUAUGUAUAUAGAAGCUUCCCACCGUCGUUGUUUUCGUCACCGACAAUAUCAUGCGGUGUUGAGAACGAGGCCGAGGAGACGCUGGAACAAGGCUGCACUGCAAGCUCAAGUGCAUAGUCUCCACUCUCUCCAGGGUUAGAAUAUGCUGAGACGAAUGCAAGAGGUCAGGCUGAUUUGUUGAUCAUAAUAUGGCGAGGUUGUUAUGCAACUCGAUAAUUGACCACUAAGUUUGGUCUGCUUUUGCCCUUUGGUCUGUAGUAUGCCAUCCGGAAUGAUAAAAUAGAACCUGGAGUAUUUUAUCUUGCAUUCCUUGGUCUGGCAGUGAUUGAUGCGUUUGUUUGUCGGAUAAGGUAGCGAGAGCAGUAACGAAAGUUCAGUUUCUCUGGGAUCAUUAGAUUAACUAAGUGAAAGUACGACGGUACCUGCCAUUUCUAAAUUCAAGUUUCUCAAAUGGAUCUUGCCAGGUACUCAGAAUUAAGAACAAAAUGUUCUAUUAAAGGUCGACUUAAGGUGGUGAUCUACUCUACCGUUUACAGCCAUUUCAGAUUUUUCAAUAUGCCAGUUAAGGGAAAAAAAACUGGUAGCCAGGAGAUGAUAAUUAGGUUCCAUUAUGAUUUUAUUUUUUCAAAGGAUUCAUGUAUUCUUGUUUGCAAUCAUUUUUAUCUGGCUGUUCAUCAAUCGGCAUUGCAAAUUACAAAUGAGACUUUCUUCAUUUCA